AUGUCUGAUGAGGUGCAGAAGAAGCUUGAUGUAGAGAAUUCCAAAGUAAACCCGGAAGAAAGCCUGAAGGAACAAGCCGCUGGUGAUGGCGAGUCUACGGAGCAGAAAAAAAAAUUUUCCGUUCUGAAGGUGAAAUUUGGACCAGAUCCUUCUGGAGACACAAGUGGAGAACACUCGAAUGAGUCUUCUUCACCAUCCAGUCCGAUUAGAAGCCCGCAAAGCCCUGAACAUUUCACUCAGGGUUACGUCAGCAACGAAGCCAUCCCCAUGACUAUCUUCUAUCGCAGUCAGCACUCGCACGGACACGGUGGAAAACAACGGCCCACGCUGCAGCAACUACGAAAAGGCUUAGAAAAUGACAAGGUAUGGAUGUAUUUUAAGAGUGGUCAACCGUUUGAGCACGAACGCUUGAGUGCUUUUCAUUUCACUUAAGUGAAUUUUCGAAUUUUCGUUCCCUUGUCACGUGUAAUAUAGUCUUGCGUGUACUAAGAUAGGUGUGAAAUCUUUUGACCGGUAAAUGUUUUCCAUUUGUUAUAAAGUUAUCUUGUUUAGGGGUUUAGGCGAUGUUAUUUUGAUACGCUGCGGUAAAUCUAAUUUGAAUGCUGAAUAAAUGAAAUUAAUGUAAUGGUCGCUGGAGAAAUAAAGCUCCCAGGAUUGUGAAAACAAUCGAUAACCACAAUAUAUAUAUCUUAGCCACACUGUUCUCUGGUCUUUUAGAUGUUUAUAAACAAAGCAUUCCUGUGUCUCUAAGUCGUAUCACUGCAGAAAACAUCAUAAAAUUAAAAAUAUUGCUGCAAAGUCUAACGCUACACUCACACGGUACCGGAACAAUUUUUGACCGGUGGAAAUCGUGUGUUAAGGCGUUUUGUUCACAUGGAACCACGCCAAACGUAAUAAUAUUUUGGACACCCACGAGUUCAAAAAUUUGAUCACCAAAAUCGAGGACCACACAUCGAGAUUUUUGCACGGUGAACGCGUGGUUGCAUGGAUGCCUGGUUGCAUGGAUGCCUCAGGUAACUAAACUACAUAACAUGUUUACAAUUUUGUGCGAAAAUGGAACGUACUAAGUUAUCGAUUGCGGUGCUCGGUAAAAUUACAGCUCUAUUACUUAUUAUAUAGUAAGCUCAGUUAUGCACGCAUUCUGAUUUGUUCUCACUUAUGAUCUAUUGGAGGACAGACGUAUAGACGGCGUCAUCAUUAAAACUUUUUUAAGUUCUUUAUUACAUAAAACAAAUAGAUUCGAAGUUGCCGUGCGUCUGUUCAGUAAUAGAUCACAGAGGACGUCAAAAUGUGGUAAGAACAUCAGUGACAUUUAUCGGACGAGGGGAGAUACUACAAGGCAUUCGGUAUUGGAAAAUCAGCAGUGUCUGAAAUUGUUCAAAGAGUUCGCAGAUGCAUUUUACAUGAUUUUAAUCGUCCUCGGGCUUGAGCGCGUCAAGUUACCAAAAUCAGAACAAGAAGUGUGUGAUGCAGUAAACAAUUUUUAUGAUGUUCAUAGGUUUCCACAAUGCAUAGGAGCUGUUGAUGGGACACGUAUAUUUAUUAAACAACCCUUAAAAAUGCAACUGAUUACAUUAACCGGAAAAACAGGUGUUUCCCUAUGUAACGAAAAGAGUUUCCAGGGGUAGGUUGUACAUUACAAGAGCAAUUCUUUGGAUGGCGUCUUUGCUCUGCACACAUGGUUAUCAAAUGUGCCUUAGGGAGACUUAAAGGAAGAUUUGGAGUGCUGAAAUGUGAGAUGGACAUAAAUCUCAAAGAGUUACUGCACGUAAUAAAUCAAUGCUUUAUUCUACAUAACUACUGUAAGGUGAAUGGUGAUCAUAUAUCCAAUGAGGCUAUUGAGAAAGCAAGUCUGUUAUUCAAAGAUCACACUGAACUUGCCCCAUUUGACUCGUACACUGUUUAUUGUUUUAAAACAUUAAAACUACUUCUACCUUUGCCUUUGAUGUUUUCAGAUGGUUUUCUGUUCAUAUCAGUUCUGUUUACCUUGAGCAUGUUUUUAUUCUGAGAUACUUGUAUUUGUUGAUUUUAUUGAUAAAGUAAAAAUGAAAAAGCAUUCUCUUGGUUGAAUGUUAUUCAAUAAGCAUCAACCUUAUGAAGUAAGUAAGGGAGUUCUUACAAAUAUGAAUCUCAACAACUCUUUAUGGCAACAAGUAAUAUACAAGAAAUUUGACUACUUACAUCAAUGUAAUAUUAACAUUGCUCUUGGUACAUUGCAAUUUGUACAAGAAAAAUAAAAAUCUACGAGUUAAAUAGUGCAGUAACAAAAUCUUUGGUGUGCUUACUAUUGUCUCUCUUCCUAAUAAGCAGGCACACUGGUAGUGCGUAUAAUAAAUGCAACUUAACUUUGUUAACAGAAUGCGAAAACAGUACACAGUACAACAGUUACAUUAGACACAACAUGACUGUUACUGUUCAACACUAAUUAAAAUGUGAAGCAUCCUGCCAAAAACCUGGUGUGUCACUUUGCUUGUGCUGAUAUUUCAACCAUUUGUCCAACAUUGCAAGUAGAUUAUUAUGAGGACAGAAAAUGUGGCCAUUAUUUUUAAAAAGCAACCAGUUCAAGUUCACUGUCAUUAUGAAUUAUAACAUUUUGAUUAAAAUCAGAACAAUGUAAUAUUUCAGGUGUUGUAUAAUUCAUUAUCUGUAACAUUAUUAAGAUAAGUUUUAAAAAUUUGAUACAAAAUAAAGAUAUUUACAGUUGCAUGACUAUUUCUGGCAUAUAUUCUUUUUAUUUAUGUUAACACUGCUUGCAUAUAUGAUCAACCCUUUUUUUAUGGAACAGCAUUGAAUUAAAUGAUAUUUACCAUUAUAACUUUAUACUUUGAGUUAUAUAUAUUGGUACAUUGAUAAAUUGGACUGGCCUGCAAGUGGGCAAGUUAAUCUUUACUUGCCUGAGAAAAUAGAUGACUUUGUAAGAGUGACACAGUAGUUUUCAUUGCAGCUUACUAAUCAAAAACACUCAAACAACCUGAAAUUACUGACCACAAAUAAAAUAUACCAUGAAAAAAUAUUUAUUGUGUAGGUGGCAAAUCAGUUGGCUACUUACAAGUGAAGCCUAAGGGGUUACACCAAGGACUAAGCUAAGUGAUUUGUACUCAUUCCAAAUUUUCAUUUAUUUUUUAGGCUGAAUUUACAGAAGAAACUGCCCCUCUGGAUGAUAGCAAAUUAGAAGAUGGCCAGGAUUCUAUAGAAACAAGAAAUGUGAAGAGUGCACCAAAGUUUGGUUGGAUCAAAGGUGUGCUUUUUCGCUGUCUGCUCAACAUAUGGGGUUUGAUACUUUAUUUACGGCUCUCCUGGGUGGUGGGACAAGCUGGAAUAGCUUUGGCUUCUCUCAUGAUGAUUUUGUCUGCUGUGGUAACUACUCUGACGACAUUAUCUUUAUCUGCAGUUUGUACCAAUGGUGAAGUCAAAGGAGGUGAGUGGCUAUCAUAUUGUGGCAUGAUGCAUCGCAUUAUUAUAGGCACUGACUUGUCAUAGCACAGCACUGUCCAGUAUUCUGCUCCAUAUUAUUUACCUAUUUAUGCAAUCAUCAUUGACCAAUCAGAAUGGAAUGUUUUUUUGAAUGUGUGAUAAGUCCCCGAAAUAUUUUAAGCACAUAGGGUGAUACAAGUUACCACGACAGAAUUUUUCCUCACAAUAUCGAUACAAUAUCAAGCAGAAAAGUGAUUAAAAUACAACACAUACAAUACAAUAGAAUAAUAUAUGUUACAAUGGGGUGAAAAAUAUUUACAUAUGUUGUGAAAAAAUAUCUAGAUAUACUAGAGAAAAAUAUUUAUAAGGGGAUUAUGAGAUAAUCCAUCACCAGUUUUUUUCCAAAGUAACACAAUAAGAGUUGUAUAAUAGACAGUAUAGAGAAUUACUAAUUAGAUCUUGGAAUCAAAAUGGUUCAGCAUCCUGGGUGAUGCAUGUUAUUAUCAGGAACCUAAUUUCUCUAAACAAUUCAGUGAUAAAAAUUAAAUAUUCAGGAAACAUGCUUUUCUUAUAGGUGGCACCUAUUAUCUCAUUUCCCGCAGUCUAGGGCCUGAGUUUGGAGGCUCCAUUGGCAUAAUCUUCUCAGUAGCCAGUGCUGUGGCAACAGCAAUGUACGUGGUUGGUUUUUCAGAAACAGUGCGGGAUAUUCUGCAGGACAACAGCUCCCUUAUGGUAGAUGAGUCCAAUGACAUACGCAUUGUAGGCCUCAUAACUGUUGUCAUUCUCCUCUGCAUCACCAUGAUUGGGUUAAAGUGGGUUGUACGUGCACAACUGUUACUUCUUAUAGUACUAGUUAUUUCCAUUCUUAAUGUGCUGUUUGGCACUUUCAUUGGGCCACAAUCUGACGAAAGCAGAAGCAGAGGUUUUGUGGGGUACCAAAAGGAAGUGUUUAAGACCAAUUUGAGUCCUGACUACAAAGGCGAGAGUUUCUUCUCUGUCUUUGCAGUCUUCUUUCCUGCCGCAACAGGGAUUUUAGCUGGGGUGAAUAUAUCUGGUGAUCUCAAAGAUGUGCACAAGGCUGUUCCAAAGGGGACCUUGCUGGCCAUUCUAAUCAGCACCAUUGUGUAUGUCAUGCUUGCUUGGUUUGUGGGUGGAUGCGUUGAAAGAGAAGCUCUGGGGUUUAUGCAGGAGGUGUUGCAAAAUACAGCCAAUAAGACUUUGGCUUCUUGUGUAGAACAGAAGUGUAGAUAUGGGCUUCUAAACGAUUUUCAGGUAAGGUUUCCUUAAGAUAAAUAGCAUUUUAUUGUAAAUUUAUUCAAAAUGCUUGCACAUAUUGCACUGGUAUUCCAUCCAUCUUAUUCACUUCAACCCUAUAAUUCCCAAGAUCUGAUCGUUAAUUCUCUGGCCUCUACCUUCUACACAUCUCCUUGUAAAUGAGUCGCAAGAAUUUGGUGUUAUUUCAAGAUAACAUUCUCAUUACCAGUUUGCUUGAUAUAAAAAUUAUGUGUAUUGUGGAGAGAAGUUACAUGCGAGUCACUUAUGACAGUUAGAGGGUUUUUAAGAAUAGCUUGGCUUGGAAAUUGUUUAGCACAGGCUCCUCUGUAGCCACCCUGUCACAAAAGAUCUUUCCACUGAUAUGAGGGUUGCUCCGCUGAUUGACCUCAAUAAUGUCAUGGAUAAAGUGUACUGACUUCUAGUGAGAAUUGUGAGUGAAAAUGGCUGGCUAAGAGGUCAUUCGGCCUCUUUGUGUUGCAUGUGCUCCCACAUGUAGUUUUAAAACCGUAUACAGUGUAUACAACUUCCCCCAAAGACUAAGGCCAGUUACUUCGAAAUUUGAGUCAUCGAUCAAUUGAUUGAUUUAUAACAUAUUUACGUCGUUAUCUUUUGAUUAAUUUAUCUUUAAGGUUAUGGAGGAAGUGUCCGGAUGGGGUCCAAUUGUAACAGCAGGCAUCUUUGCAUCCACUUUGUCCUCUGCACUUACGAAUCUUGUCGGGGCACCCAAAGCAUUCCAAGCAGUUUGCAAAGACAAGCUUUUUCCUUACAUAGAUUUCUUUGGUGUAGGUUAUGGAUCUGGCAAUGAACCUCGCAGAGGUUACAUCUUGGCUUUCUUCGUGGCGGCAGCGUUCAUUGCCAUUGGAGAUCUAAACGUGAUUGCCCCAAUCAUCUCCGGCUUUAACCUCAUUAUUUACGCUCUCAUCAACUACGCCGUGUUUGCUGCCUCGUUGUCGCGUUCUCCGGGAUGGCGGCCCUCGUUUAAGUACUACAACAUGUGGGUGUCGCUGUUAGGGGCCUUGCUGUGUAUCGUUAUGAUGUUCCUUAUCAACUGGUGGGCCGCAUUGUUGACAAUAUUCAUUGUGCUGAUAUUGUACAAGUAUGUCGACUUCACCAAACCUAAGGUU